AUGACACCCAAGGGAUCUCGCAAGAGAGUGAAGACCAGCCCCUCCGGCGUGGACUCACCCGCUGGACUGAGCGGUGAUGGCCGAGACCGCCCGUCACGGGGGUACAAUGCCAGCUGGUACCCCGGGUCCUGGUCUUCCAUUGCGAGAGUGUCUAAAGCUGCCCCAGUUACCGAGGUUGCCUGUGAGAGCAUUUCAGCGGCCAAAGCUAUAGCAUCGAACGUCACAAGCUCAUCGACUACUCUUCUUGAUACCCCAACAAAGAAUCGACAUCCUUCCAUUCAACUUACGCGAAAAGUGGGUACCUCAACCAGGUCUCUGCCCGCUGACGCUACCACCACUCGAGUCAACAUUGCAUCGGAUGGGUCGGCUUCCACGACGGCUGCCGACGAUACCGAAGAAUCCAGGGCUGUAAAACCGGCAGCGUCCGAUAAAGAAACGCCCGAGGAUAGUAAUAUAAAGCCGCUAGAGGAACCCGCCAAGGAACAGAAGGCCACCCCUAACGCCGACCCCAGCACAUUGCAUGCGGGAUCUGCAGAGGGCACUGAACAAUCUAGUGGUUGGCUCUCAUGGAUCUAUGGGCCAUCGGCUACGUCUGAAGUUGCUGCGAAUGUCCCAGAAUCUACACAAGCUGUGGAACAUCCGUCAGCUGAAAACCAAAUGGCAGAGCGUGGUGCUCAAUCAACCAUGAAAGACUAUACGGCACGGGAAGAAGAACUUGAACCCGAACCAGAGCAGACAAAAGAUACUAUUGGUACUGCUGAAGUUAUCCCCGCAUCUCAGAAGCGAUCGUGGCUUCAGAUGUGGUAUGGUACAAACCUACCGAGCAAGCAAGAAGAUCCACCAUCUACAAAAUACAUGAUCUCCCAUUCCACGAAUCAUAAUUCCACUCAGGCUGUCGACACAAACAUGGCUCCACAAGAUCCCCCAGAUGAGCGAACGGAACCAGCUGGUGGAUCACAGCCCGCAGUCGGGACUACGAGAUCAUCUGGCUGGUCAUUCUGGUCCAAAGAUCCAAACAAAGAUGGACCCUCGGACAAACCACAGGAAGGCGAAGCUAUUGAGGCGUCAACGGGACCAAACUCGCCAUCAAAGCAUGCAGUACCUGGCCUAGAUACAGAUUCAAAUACCAAGAUAACCCAGAAAGGCAGUAUUAAAAUCAAACCUCAAAAAGACAACCGUCUCAAAGAUGUAUCUGGGUCCACCAUUGAAGGGACUCCCACGUCUAUGCCGCCUGUUGAACCUCGACCAGCUGACACCGCCGCCUCAAAACAAUUACAGCAAAUUCUCCCCAACCAAGUACUGCCAAAGUUCGAAGAAACCUAUCCUUUUGAGCAAUCGCCCUCCAUCUUGCAAAGCCUCGGUCGACUCCUGCAUUAUGGGAAAGGACCAGACGCUAGGCAUGUCAGCAGGGUCAGAGAUCCGCUACACGUGGGACGUGCUUUGGCUAUUGGUGUCCAUGGAUAUUUCCCCGCUCCUUUCAUUCGGAAUUUACUUGGACAGCCCACAGGGACAUCCAUCCGGUUCUCCAAUAUGGCAGCAGAAGCUAUCCGGAAGUACACCCAGAGUCAUGGAUACUCGUGUGAUGUUGAAAAGAUCGCAUUGGAAGGAGAAGGCCGCAUUACGGAGCGAGUGGAUCUUCUGUGGAAGCUGCUUCUGAAUUGGAUGGAGGAGAUCCGCAAGGCUGAUUUCGUCAUGUUCGCAUGUCACAGUCAAGGUGUGCCAGUAACGAUUAUGCUAGUUGCAAAGUUGAUACAAUUCGGCUGUCUUGACGCGAAACGAGUCGGCAUCUGCGCUAUGGCAGGUGUGAACCUCGGCCCAUUCCCGGAUUAUCGCUCUCGAUGGAUCAGCGGGUCUGCUGGAGAACUGUUCGAGUUUGCACUGCCUUUCAGCAAAGUCUCGAAAGAGUACGAAGCUGCUCUUAAAUGUGCUCUCAAUUUUGGUGUUCGCAUAUCUUACAUUGGAAGUAUCGAUGACCAACUCGUUUCACUGGAGUCCUCCCUCUUCUCCCCCAUAACCCACCCUUACGUCUACCGCGCUGUCUUCGUGGAUGGCCGAGUCCAUGCCCCAAGCUUCCUCUCUCAUCUAGUUGGCUUCGCCCUCAAGCUUCGCAACCUUGGUAUCCCAGACCAUGGUCUAAUACGCGAACUAAGCACCCCAUUAGCAGGAAGUCUAUACUCAGGGGAGGGACAUUCUCGGCUGUACGACGACGAAGCCGUGUACUUCAUGGCUAUAGAAUUCGCACUCGAGACGUCUUCCGUCCCAGACUCUGCGCUCAGCGUCAAGCGAGCCAGCAGCUCUGUCACGCCAAACCCGUACAUUCUCCCUUUCGCCAUGCGCGGUCUUCUGGAGGAGGAAUAUGUGCGCCAAGAGCUGCACGACGAGACUAUGGAGUUGCUCAAGCAAUUUGAUGACUGGAAACCUUCUAGUAAGGUUCUGAAAGAUGUGAAGUUUAGACUAGAAGGUAUCCGGUCUAAGCUCUAG